GCCCGGGGAGAUGCGGGAGCUGAGCAAGAUGCAGGGCCUCGCGGGUGGGAGCCGGGCUCCCCUGGGCCUGCUCCUGGUCUGUCUGUCUCUGCCAGGCCUCUUUGCACGGAGCAUUGGGGCACCAGAGGAGAAAAUCUCCCCACAGGCGGGAAAACCUUCCUUCGACAGCCUCAAGCUUGGGACGGCUGACUUGGGACAGCCUCAGCCCAAGCCAGACCCUGCUAAUAAUGAACUACCAAGGGCUCUUCCAAGGCUCGCCGAAUCCCCACCAGAUGGCGCCCUACCCGAGGAGGACUCAGAGGAGCUCAGCCAGCCUUCCUUCUGGGAGGGGUCGCCCACGGAGUCCUGGUUCUACGAGGACCCUCAGCCAGGGAUGGAGGCUGCUGCCGAAGACCGCCUGGAGCAAGUGCUGCCAGAAACCCUGCCAUACCUUUCCAGGGGCAGUCCUGGACCUGUGGCUUUCUCUGCAACCGAGGCUUCCGAGGACUCAGAGCCUGAUUCCAGUGCACUGAGAACCGAGGCAGAAGACUUUGCCCAGCACCCAUUCUGGUUUCUCUUCCGCAGGUUGCUGCCUGGUUUUCCCUGGGGGAUCCUAAGUCCUUGGGGAGGUGGAGGGGCGGGAACUGCGUGGGGAAGACGGCCCAUGCCAUACCCUUCUGGAAUAUGGGGUAGCAAUAGUCAGUUAUCAGGUACCGGCUUGGUGGGCAAUGCUCGGUAUCCUCCAGGAAGCUGGGGGGGUAUUGGUUGGAAUCCUGCGGGAAGCUGGGGAGGAAAUGGGUGGAAUCCUGCAGGAAGCUGGGGAGGAAAUGGGUGGAAUCCUGCAGGAAGCUGGGGAGGAAAUGGGUGGAAUCCUGCAGGAAGCUGGGGAGGAAAUGGGUGGAAUCCUGCAGGAAGCUGGGGAAGUAAUGGGUGGAAUCGGCUUCCCCCAGGAGUCCGACCUCCUGGUCCCAAUCGGCUUCCCCCGAGAGUCCGACCUCCUCGCCCCCGGCUUCCCCCAAGAGUCCGACCUCCUCGCCCCAAUCGCCCCAAUCGUCCCAUUCGGCUUCCCCCAAGAGUCCGACCUCCUGGUUCUUCUGGGAACAUCCCAAACCCCAGUUUCCAGUGAGUUCCCCAGAAGCCUCGUCAGGCUGGGUCACACGGUUUCCCCUUCUCGCCCCAUUUUGAUGCUUCCUCUGUUGACCUAAGCUGGUCGCAAAUAAACACAAGCAGUUCUUGAA